CUGACUGGUUUAAGGGUGACGUCGCUUUACGCUACAUGAAAACAGGUCCUUUCCCCGGGAAGAAAGCUAGAGCCUGGGGAACACUAAAGGGGAAUAUAGUGGCCCAAGGGGGAAGGGGAAGAGCCGCACACCUGGAAUACCAGUUACGUGAUUUCGGGUGCAUUAAAACGAGGCUCGAGGCGUGAUUGUGAAUCACAACAGCUUAUCAAAUAUAUAUAUAUAUCCCGCUUCAUUCGAAUAGGCUGACAUUUACAUAUCCGUGCGGGGGACCAGUUAGUAAGGUGCUUAUAUUUUAGCGACGGGGACCUUCAAGUGGACCCAAUCUGAAACCCCGUGUGGGGUGACGGUGCCACCAUUUCCGGGAUCGCGUCAGUGGUGAGAGUGGAGCGGGACGGGGGGCUGAGGAGCGCGGGCAGCGGGACUGGUUCGGUGUCCAUAGACGGGCUGCUGGAGGACGGCAUGGCCGCGGGGAAAGCAAGCGGCAAGGCGUCGCUGCUUCAGAACGAGCGAGUUCGGCUCGGCGUUUGCUUCCUAGGAGUCUUCGUUUGUUACUUCUAUUACGGGAUACUGCAGGAGACCAUUACUAGGGGCGACUACAGCUACGGGAACAACAAGGAGAAGUUCAGAUUCGCCACCACCUUGGUCUUCAUCCAGUGCAUAAUCAAUGCUAUCUUUGCCAAGAUAUUGAUCCAUUUCUUCGAGGGCUCCAAAACCGACCACACCCAGAGCUGGCUCUACGGAGCGUGUUCUCUCUCAUACCUGGGAGCCAUGGUGUCCAGUAACUCCGCCCUGCUGUACGUCAACUAUCCCACCCAGGUGCUGGGGAAGUCCUGUAAGCCCAUCCCAGCACCCCUCCCCCCCCCCUCCGGUGUGUUCCAGGUCUGCUCCCUGAUGCUGGACGGUCUGACAGGGGUGGCCCAGGACCACAUGCGGAACCGCUUCCAGACUGGACCCAACCACAUGAUGCUGCACAUCAACCUCUGGUCCAUCCUUGUGCUGGGAAUCAGUGUGCUGUGGACAGGGGAGAUAUGGGAUUUCCUCAGCUUCGCUGAACGCUUCCCUAACAUCUACUACACCAUUCUGCUAUUUGGUAUUACCAGUGCCCUUGGCCAGACCUUCAUCUUCAUGACGGUGGUCUUUUUCGGGCCACUUACCUGCUCCAUCAUCACCACCACGCGCAAGUUCUUCACCAUUCUUGGGUCCGUCAUCCUCUUCGGCAACGAGAUCAGCAACCUGCAGUGGGUUGGCACCGUCCUCGUCUUUUUUGGUCUGGGACUGGAUGCAAAAUUUGGUAAAGGACCCAAGAAAACUCCACACUGAGGAGUCUGGGGGAACAUGCUCUUGUCUGCGUGAGCAGAAUGGCGUUCGAGUGGACGGACACCCACUAUUUAAUGCUCCCUCCCCAUACCUAUCACCCAGUGGGAUCCCCCACGACUCCCUUGCACCUCAGUCAUCUCUAGACCUCUUCCGAUGAAGGAUGAGGGGCAGUCUGCAGCUUUGCCCCCUACUUGAACUUGUGGAGCAUUUGCAAUAGACAGUUGGAACCCCCCCCCCCCCCCCCAUGUACUCCUCCUCUGCCAUGCAGUGGAACUCCCUGCUCUGCUGGGCAAAAUGUUUCCACGAAGUGCUGCUGGGAGUCGAAGUCCAUAACCGGAAGUUUACAAGUAUGUUUAAACUAGCUCAGGACUUCGUCUCCCAUCAGCGUAUCCUCCUGACAUUUUUCUGGUCCCCCCUCCCCCUUUAUUAAACCAGUGCUUCAUUGCCUUUUGUGUCCGUUAGACAACUUUUGGAAACCGUUGGUAGGUGGACAGAAAGAAAAAUUGAGUCCCAGAAAAUGUAAGGCAAUGUACAUAAGGUAAUAAAAGUACAGGAUAUAUCAGCAGUCUUUGCACCUGGUUUACAUAUACUGUGUGUAUACGCACUGCCCUUUAAGGAGAUCUGAACACAUUUUUUAGUGUUCUUUACCGUCACAUUUCCCUGAUAGGUUUUUAGUUAUUCAUCCUUUCUGUCAUCCUGAGCAAUUUUUUUGCUUUUUGUAUUUUAACAAUGGAGCUAACUGGUCGGAAAAGGGAACUCUGUUUUACUGUGCACAACCUGAUGUCUAUAUAUUACAAUUUUCUGAAUAAGUACCUUUUUUAUGCCAAAAAGUGUGCGAUUGCCAGCAUCAGGGCACGUCAGCACUUAAAAAAAGUAAAGUGAAAAUAAAGGUGAUUGGAUGACAU